AAUACAUGAACAUUUGAUUCAUAUAAAUUAUUAAUAUUAAACAGUUAGACUUCUUGUUUAGCACAAGACUUGUAUUUACGGUAACCGGAAGUACAGCGGAACUUUGUUGCGUUCCACUCUAUUUACACCGGCUUGUUUAGAAGCGCAGUGAACAGGGCGGAGUAUGAGUUCAUCCACACUCAGCUAUUCUUCCAGAAUUAAACCGAGUGAGGAAUCAUGCUCACUUAACACGGGAUAAGGAGGUUGUUGGAGGAGUUUGGGAGAUCUGGAGCACGGAGCGGUACAGGGAGUCUCAUGGCAGGACUGCUGUACUUGGUGCUCAGGUUUUCGGGCUCCGCGGGUCGGAGCUACGGCCUCUUUUCUAAAGGACUGACCCGCACUUUAUUAAUUUUCUUCGAUUUAGCAUGGCGAUUAAGAAUUCGGUUUCCAUACCUCUACCUCAUCGCCUCCAUGAUGUUUAAUGUGCGCCUACAGGUUCACAUUGAGAUACAUUAAUUUACAUUCAAGAACUUCCCUCAUAUAAAGACUGGACAUUACAGGAUGGAAGGCUUCUCUUCUGCCACUUUAGAAGCCAACCAAGGCCAGAGGAUUGACCAGAACUGGAAAGUAUGGACAAAUAGACACACCAAGGUGGUGCUGAAAUCUUGUUUUGGAGAUGUGGAAAUCCUGUGGCAGUUUACAACUAGGAUUCUUUGAUGCUGAAUACCAAGAAGCACUUUGUGUGUGACAAGCCAAGGAAUUUUAGUCCAUUAUUUUCUUUAUUUAUAAAUUGUGACUGGUUAGACCCUCAGCUUACUUUAACCUACUACAGACACAGCCAUUGUGUUUUAAAGGGAAAACAUAUCACAGCUUUUUAUUGGUUUACUACAGCUCUGAGAGGAGUUUUCCUCAUAAUUUUAAAGGUUUAGAAGUGUCAGAAUUAUGCAUAGACAUGCAGACACACUUAAAUAGUCUCCAAGGUCAAAUGUGGUUUGGCACUUAACUGAUUUUGCACUUUUACUGCUUUUAAUUGAAUUUGUUCUGACCAGAUACAUAAAUGAUUUUGUUAACUGCUCAGUUUACUUCAGAGCCUUUUAGGUGCCAGUAUAUAAAUUAACAUGUUAGGUAAAUUAGUGUCAUUUUUUUCUGACUCAAAUCUGUCAGAUUUUGCUGUGUCAAGCCAAGGCUUAGUGAGUAUCUUAACAAAUUAAUGGUACUCAUUGUACAACAGCAAGGAGCUUGAAUUGUUACAUAGUCUUUAUUGUUAAUAGUGGGGAAGGUUCAGCAAUUAAAGCUGAAGGCAGCGUGGCAAAUAUAAGAAUGCACUAAUCUGGGCCAAUGUUGGCCAGAGAGGUUGGACUUGUAGUAGAUGUACUUCGAUGCUCUUUUUGGUCCACUGUCAUAUAUUUUAGAGUGAAUGCAUGACAAAACAUUAAUAUGGUUUUUGUGUAACUUGAAAAAGUCAACAUACCCAUUAUUCAAAUGUCCUUUUCAAAAAGGUUUUGAUAUUGAUACCAUAUUGUCAAUGAAAAUAUCUGAUUGGUGCAUCCCUUGACAAAAGGUUUUUACCAUUUUGUCCAUGAAGACUGUGGAAAAUAGUCCUGUAAUGUUUAAUAAGCUUUCUUAAAACAUUUUUAAGAAUACCACAAAGGAAUGCUGUCAUGUUGUUUGAUGGACUUCAGUUAUUAUGCUUUUUUUUUUUUUUUUUAGAAUUGCAUUAUCUACAAUUUCACCUAACCUGUUUUAAGAUAUAGGACAUUGUUACUUUAAAAUGUUUCAAAACUGGAGCGAUCUAGCUAUGAUAUGCAUUUACUUAUUUGUCUUUUUGUCAGUAACAAAUGUGUGCAUUAACGUUUUGAAUGUGGGAUUUCUUUAAACAACAAUAUAUGAAUAUAAUAUUAUUUAAACCCAAAUAAAUCAAAAGAAAGUA